AUGGCCUCCUUGGACGAAGUCUUCGCAGAGGCGACAGAGAACGGCUCCAUCCUGGGUGCCAUUAUUCUAGGCAGGGAUACUUCUCGUAAAUUCAACUACUCAAAAGCAUUUGGUCGCCGCACAUUUGGAGAUGGAGAGGAAAGUUUGAUGCGAACGGACACAGUGCUUUCUUUUGCUUCUGCCACGAAAUUAAUCACUUGUAUCGCGGUGAUGCAGCUAGUGGAGGCGGGGAAGCUCAACCUGGACGACGAUAUGUCACCGAUCAUCCCUGAACUCGCGGAGCAAGAUGUGCUCUUAGGGUUUGACGAGAGGAACGGGGAACCACAGUACCGGAAGCGGGCGAACCCGCUCAAGCUGCGAUAUUUGCUCACCCAUAGCGCUGGCCUUGCCUACGAGAUGGGGGCUCUGAACAACCGGGCCCCACAAACUGGGUCGACUGUUGUGGAACGCUUCGCUUACCCAUUGGCGUACGAGCCAGGGACUGGCUGGGGCUACAGCCCGGGUGUUGACUGGGCAGGAAAGGUCGUGGAGAGAGUCACGGGAGAGACACUGGAGUCCUACUUUCGGAAGCACAUUUUCGAUCCUCUUGAUAUCACCAGCAUCACCUUUUGGCCGCACAAGCAUCCGUCCAUUCAAGGCAAACUAGCGACCAUGACUGCGAGAACUGCGUCUGGUGGCGUGGAACCUUACAAUGGACCGUACCUUACUGACGGGGCGGAGGAUUGCUUUGGCGGACAAGGUGCUUAUGGCAAUCUCGAGGAUUAUAUGAAGAUUUUGACAUCUUUGCUUGUCAACGACGGGAAACUGCUGCGGAAGGAGACUGCUGACCAGUUUUUCCAGCCACAGCUGACGGCGGAGAGCAAGGCCGCACAGAAGGCCCUUUUUCAGGAUCCAGAGAAGCUAAAGCUAUUCAUCGGCGAUUUCCCCUCAGAUAUGGAAUAUGACUGGGGCUUGGGCGGUGUCUUGGUUCAGAGCGACGGCCGAACGAGAAGGUCCAAGGGCACUAUGAUUUGGAGCGGCAUGCCGAAUAUUUUCUGGUUCAUUGACCGGGCAAGAGGACUGUGUGGUGUUGUUGGUAUGCAGUUGCUGCCGCCGGCCGAUCCGAAAGCGCAGGAACUUGUGAGGUUGUUCGAGGAAGGAAUGUGCCAGCUCCUCGGAAGUCAGGUUGUUUAGACCAGUGACUGGGUUUGAAGUCAAAUGAUGGGGUUAUUUUUGGGCUCACCGCAUAUAUAAGAAGACAGGGUAACAUUCUCAACUUCAUGUAAGAUUCUGUUUUCUAGAUAUUUGCUCGGGAAUUGUCCAGCAUUAGCGAUUCAGAUGCAGCUUUUGAACAUUGUGC